GGUUUGACAAUGUGCUCUUAAUGACCACUUUGUUCCUUGAGCGCAAAGGAAGCUUCAUUGGAAGAAGAAUGCUCGACAAUUCUGCCCCCUCUCCGCAUCUACUGGACCUUCCAAAUUAACUCAACCCCUCUUUCUCUCUCUCACUCCAAAUUAAUUAUACCUUAUAUUAUAUGUGUAUAAAAAUAAUAAGCUAUAGUCUAAUGGAAGCAAGCACUCCCCCAUGUCAAGCUUCCGUAGCAGCAUUUCUUAUGCACCUUCAAGCUGUCAAACCUAUUCUAAAGUCCAACUUCUUCUAAAACCCCAUUAUUUGUUUGUCCUCAAAUUGUCCUUUCAAACCACUUCUCUCUCCAUGCAAUCGUUCAUAUCUCUCUCUACUUUAUCUCACCCAUCAUCAUGGCCAUGAUCAUCAGAUUCCAACAUCUACUAAGCUUCAUUCUUUGGCUCUUCCUCUUCUUGGUACUCUUUCAUGGCUGGUUUGGUUCCAAAUCCAACAAUGAUAAGGCCAUCAUAAGCAACAACCAACUUCAGUUCUCUCUGUCUAGAAAUAGAAGAAUCUUAGCAGCUGGCCGAGGAUUUGACUUCACCCCAUUUCUCCGCCGCCACCGCCACCGCCACCGCCACCACCAUCAUCAUCAUCAGCAUCACCACCACCGGAGUGGCGUGCCGGAGUCAAAGGAGACCGAGAUUGAUCCACGCUAUGGUGUUGAGAAACGCCUUGUUCCAACUGGUCCAAACCCAUUGCACCAUUAAUGAGGUUCACAUACUUUGUUUUUUCAAUUUUUCACCGUGAUAUAAUGUAAUUUUGUGUAUUCAUAAAAGGAGAAUUUGUCUAGUUCUAGUAAAAAAAUUUGUUAUAUAUACAUAUAAUUCCUCUCUUUAUAAACUAAUAAUUUAUUAUUAUUACUAUUAUUCAUAUUAUACUUAA